AUGGAGAUCCGGCAGCAUGAGUGGCUCUCGGCCUCCCCCCACGAGGGCUUCGAGCAGAUGAGGCUGAAAAGCCGCCCCAAGGAGCCCUCGCCGAGCCUGACCCGAGUGGGCGCGAACUUCUACAGCAGCGUCAAGCAGCAGGACUACAGCGCCAGCGUCUGGCUCCGGAGGAAAGACAAGCUGGAGCACUCCCAGCAGAAGUGCAUCGUCAUCUUUGCGCUGGUGUGCUGCUUUGCCAUUCUCGUUGCAUUGAUAUUUUCAGCUGUGGAUAUCAUGGGAGAGGAUGAAGAUGGACUGUCAGAAAAAAAUUGUCAAAAUAAAUGUCGAAUUGCCCUGGUGGAAAAUAUUCCUGAAGGCCUUAACUAUUCAGAAAAUGCACCAUUUCACUUAUCACUUUUCCAAGGCUGGAUGAAUUUACUCAGCAUGGCCAAAAAGUCUGUUGACAUAGUAUCUUCCCAUUGGGAUCUCAACCACAGUCAUCCAUCAGCAUGUCAGGGUCAACGUCUUUUCGAAAAGUUGCUCCAACUGACUUCUCAAAGUAUUGAAAUCAAGCUAGUGAGUGAUGUAACAGCUGAUUCAAAGGUAUUAGAAGCCUUGAAAUCAAAGGGAGCUGAGGUGACCUACAUGAACAUGACUGCCUACAACAAGGGCCGACUGCAGUCCUCCUUCUGGAUUGUGGACAAACAGCAUGUUUACAUCGGCAGUGCCGGUUUGGACUGGCGGUCUCUGGGACAGAUGAAAGAACUCGGUGUCAUCUUCUACAACUGCAGCUGCCUGGUCCUAGAUUUACAAAGGAUAUUCGCUUUAUACAGUUCAUUAAAAUUCAAGAACAGAGUACCUCAGACCUGGUCCAAGAGACUUUAUGGAGUCUAUGACAAUGAAAAGAAAUUGCAGCUUCAGUUGAACGAAACCAAAUCUCAAGCAUUUGUGUCGAAUUCUCCCAAACUCUUUUGCCCCAAAAACAGAAGCUUUGACAUAGACGCCAUCUACAGUGUAAUAGAUGAUGCCAAGCAAUACGUGUACAUCGCGGUCAUGGACUACCUGCCUAUCUCCAGCACAAGCACCAAAAGGACUUACUGGCCAGACUUGGAUGGGAAAAUCAGAGAAGCAUUAGUUCUGCGGAGCGUCAAAGUUCGACUCCUUAUAAGCUUUUGGAAGGAAACUGACCCCCUCACAUUUAACUUUAUUUCAUCUCUUAAAGCUAUUUGCACUGAAAUAGCCAACUGCAGUUUGAAAGUUAAAUUCUUUGAUCUGGAAAGAGAGAAUGUUUGCAUUACAAAAGAACAAAGGAAUCACGCCUUCCCUAGAUUAAAUCGCAACAAGUAUAUGGUGACGGAUGGCGCAGCUUAUAUUGGAAAUUUUGACUGGGUGGGGAAUGACUUCACCCAGAAUGCUGGCACAGGCCUUGUUAUCAACCAAGCAGAUGUGAGGAACAACACGAGCAUCAUUAAGCAACUCAAGGAUGUGUUUGAGAGGGACUGGUACUCGCCCUAUGCCAGAACCCUGCAGCCCACCAAGCAGCCCAACUGCUCAAACCUCUUCAGACUCAGACUCCCCUCAAACAAAACUGCCAUGUACAACCCAAGUGGGAAGGACCCCUAG